UAUCAAAUUGUAAGCCAAUUACACCUGAAGCUUCCCCAUGCACACCUUGUCAAAUUUCUUAUUUUAUCAUCCAGGUAUCAAUAAAUGUUUACUAUGUUUACCUGGAUCUUGACCUAUGACCUUGUACUCUCACACAAAUAUGUAGGAAAUAAUAGUAAAUUUACACUUUUUUAUGCAGGGAAGAUCUUUCUAGUUGACUUAUUUAAGGUGAAAAUAGAUAAACACACUUUAUAAUAAGACAAAGUAGGCUAAUUAUAAAACAUGGACAGUGGUACUGACCGGCUCGUUGAGAGGCCUCCGUCAAGUCGGUUCUCCUACGCUCAGAUGUCACGAUUUCCAGAUUAUGUUGAAUCGUACAAUCCAACUCUAUCAGAUAUAACUUUAGAUGAGACAGCACCAAAUGGUAUUGAAGAUGAGGUUAAACCAACAGCAGACACAACAGUCAAAUCUUCAGGAGGCAAUGCUGAUGUACAAGAUAAGAGUGCCCAGGGACAAAAACAGAAAGGGGAACAGGGCAGAAAUAUGUUCUUCAAGGAUGGCAAAAAAAGGAUAGACUAUGUCUUGGCUUGGGAAUCAAAGGAAGAUGACCAGAAACAUAACCACAGAAACAAAAAGGCUAGGGAAAUCUUUGAGACACAUCUGAAAGAGGAAGGUCUACAGUUAGAAGAAGAUCUGACUGUUUCUAAAGAGGAAGAAGCAGAUUUUGUAAAAGUUCAUGCUCCAUAUGAAGUACUAACAAGAUACGCUGAGAUUCUAAAACUGAAAAUGCCUGUUAAGAAGAACUUGGUACUCGACAAAAUACAGAUGAAGUAUGCACAGCUGGAGAAUCCCAUGAAAUCGGUGUCCACAAAGUUAUGGACCAAAGUAAGAGGGAUUGCUAAUAGAAUUUAUACACCAUUCCAACUGAAUGAAGAUCAGGUGCCACAUGUCAAAAGGAGGUUUACCUUGGUAUACAGCAGAGACAAAGAAUACUUGUUUGACAUUCCAGAGGAUAAAGACACCUUCUUUGAUAAUGCUACAAGAAGUCGUAUUGUCAAUUUUAUUCUGAGGAGAAAAUCAUUCAGCACUGAUAAAAAUGAUGCCUAUUCUUUUGGUAUCAACAAGAUGAUAAAUGACAAUAUUUACACAGCAGCCUAUUCAUUACAUGAGGGUCAUUGGAAGCCAGGCUCAGCACCCAAUGAAAGAAAACUGCUUUUUGAUCACUGGGGAAACUGGAGGAAUAUGUUUAAAGUUCAGCCAUUGGAACAUGUGAGGAAUUACUUUGGAGCUAAGAUAGGGAUAUACUUUACUUGGCUAGGAUUCUAUACAAUGAUGUUAAUACCAGCCUCUAUUGUUGGUUUAGUGGUUUUCAUAUAUGGAAUAGCUGUGGCACCUGGCAGCUACCCAGCGAAGGAGAUCUGUGAUCCCAAAAAUAACUUCACCAUGUGUCCAUUAUGCGAUUUUCAGUGUCCAUAUUGGAACCUGUAUGAGUCAUGUUCUAAUGCCAUAGCUAGUCGAAUGUUUGAUAAUGGUGGGACAGUCUUCUUUGCUAUAUUUAUGUCAUUCUGGGGUACUUUAUUUUUGGAAUUUUGGAAGAGAAGACAAGCUACCAUGCAGUAUAAAUGGGAUUUGUUGGACUAUGUUCGUGAAGAGCAACCACCUAGACCUGAAUACUUGGCAAGACUUGAAAACUGUACACAUUAUAGAAUGCAUCCAAUUACUGGGUUAAAAGAACCUCAUCUACCAUUCUGGACAAAGAGAGUACCUAUUUUCUUGAUGUCUUAUUCAAUCAUGUUUUUUCUGGGAUUCCUAGCCAUAGCUGCUGUAUUUGGUGUGAUAGCCUAUCGUGUAUCGGUGUUGGCUGCUCUGCAAGUUUUAACAAAAGACCGACCAACAUCAACUAAUUCUUCAUUGGUUGCCACGACAACAGCGACAAUCUAUGAGAAUGCCAGUCUGGUGACAACUGUAACUGCUGCUUGUAUCAAUCUGUUGAUAAUUAUUAUUCUAAACAUGAUCUACAGUCGGCUUGCUUUCUGGUUAACUGACUUGGAAUGUUUGAGGACACAGAAGGAAUAUGAUGAUAGUAUCACAUUGAAAUUGUUUGCCUUACAGUUUGUCAACUACUAUUCCUCCAUUAUAUACAUAGCUUUUUUCAAAGGAAGAAUUAUAGGAAGGCCUGGAAAAUACACAACUAUGUUUGGAGCCAGACAGGAAGAGUGUGCAGCUGGAGGGUGCUUGAUAGAACUGUGUAUACAGCUUGCUAUUAUCAUGACAGGAAAACAGUUAUUUGUUAAUAACUUUACAGAACUUGUUCUACCAAAACUAAUAAAGAUGAUAAAGAGAUGUCUUUCCAAGGAGACAAAGGCAGAAAAAGCUUCCAGAGCAUCCUAUGAGAAAGAUUACAAGUUAGAGGCUGCUCAGACAACCUCAUUGUUUUAUGAAUAUUUAGAAAUGGUGCUACAGUUUGGAUUUUUGACAAUUUUUGUGGCAGCUUUCCCACUGGGACCUCUCUUUUCUCUCAUAAACAACAUUAUAGAGAUCAGAAUGGACUCAUCCAAAAUGAUCACACAUCUGAGGAGACCACUUGCUGAUAGAAGUCCAGAUAUAGGCAUUUGGUACAGUGUAUUGUAUGGAAUCUCAAGAAUAGCUAUAAUCUCUAAUGCCUUUAUAAUUGCUCUUACAUCAGAUUAUAUACCUAGAAUGGUAUAUCUGAAUUCCUACAGUAAAGAUGAUUCUCUGAAAGGAUAUCUCAAUCAUACAAUGUCAUAUUUCAACACAUCAGAUUUUGAGGUAGAUCAUAGGCCUACAUAUGCAGGAAGUGAAAACAUACAGAUUUGCAGAUACAGAGAUUUUAGAAACCCACCAUGGUCAGAGAAUGCCUAUGAAUUUUCACAAUUAUUCUGGCAUAUACUGGCUGCUAGAUUUGUAUUUGUAGUAGUAUUUCAGAAUGUAAUUGUUUUGAUCACUGGUUUGAUUGCUUGGUUAAUCCCAGAUGUCCCAGCAGAGUUGAAAGUUCAAAUCAGAAGGGAGGCUUAUAUUAGCAAUGAAAUUAUUAUAAAGACAGAAUUACUCCGGGCCCAAGGAAAGUCUCCAGAGGAAGGAGAAGCAGCUAUUGAAGCAAUAUCUGAAGUUGGACCACAGUAUCAAGUUGAUGAUACAGGAAGUGCAAAAUUAAUGUACAGGAAGUCUCCUGGGAACUCUCCUGAAAGGGAGGAAGAAAAUAUUGUAUAAAUAUAUAAGAUUUGUUUCUGAAACUUUUCCCAAAAGCAGAUUUUGAAAAUAGCUCACAAAAGAUCUGGAUUGUUGCAUCUUGUACCCAUAUAUAUUUAAUAAUGAGAUUACUUGAUAAAUAGUUGUAGAAGAUUGAUAAAAUAUGACAGAGAGAGUAAUAUUUUUAGUGCUAAAAGAUCUAUUCAUUUGUACAGAUUUAGAGGUUCUUAAAAAUUGAUAUUUUUUUAACUUAUUAGUGAAAAAUUUAGCUACGUAGGCUUUUGUUAUAUUCUUGUUAUUUCUAUUUUUGUCAUGAAUAAUGAAAUACAAGGAAGCAUAUCUGUUGAAUUUCUCAUUUUUUAGUAGUUAGUGAUGUAGCAGUUUUUUUCUCCCCAUUCCUAGUUUUUGUGAUAUUCAUGUUCUGAUUGUUGGGAUAAUUUAUGUAAUUGUUUCAUGAAUUAUAGGUGCUUUAAAUGACAUGGAAUACUAAACUGUUAUUAAGUGAAUAUUACAAAAUGAUUACAUGAACAUUCAUGUGUUAAAUAUAAGUUAUGUAGUAAUAUUUUUGACAACAUAUAAAUUGCUUGCCUUUUAAAAGUAUACAUUUUCUGUAAACUCAGGGUCACAAAUGAUGUUUUUUGAUUAAUGUAGGUUUCUGCUUCUCAUAAACACAAUAGAAUCUGGUUGAUGAGAACAUUUGAAAAAUCUUGUUGUAAUAUGUGGGUGUCUUACGUAUGAACCAUAAACAAGGGUGGUAAAGGAUUAUUUUUGUGCAACGUGUUUUGCCAUUUUUAUUUCACGUGCAGCCGUGAAAAAGGGUCGUUAUUCACCGUGUUUCGGGAAAUUGGUAAAAAGAUCAACGUACAAGAAAUUUUUAAUUGUUCAUUCAUCGUGAAAUGGUUAUUUUAUAUCGCGUUCUUCCGUGCAGAUACCCCCCUUUACGCCCCUCAUAAACUAUUAGUGUUUUGACCAGUUCUCAUGCAAUUUUUAAGUCUGCUUAAAAUCUUUUUCAGAGGUUGUUAUUUUUCUAAUUAUAAAAUGUUGAUAUUAAGACUGUUCUGAAAAGAUACAGCUUAAUUCAGUUAUGGACUAUUACAUAAAAGUGAAUGAUGGAGGGAAGGAACAUAACAUGGGUCAUUUGAUGUUUGCAAAAUCGCUCAAGUAAAGUAUGUUGGUUAUAAGUCCCUUUCUUCCCUCUCCCUUCCAUUCUAAUUGAAUAGACCUAAGUAUAGUAUUGAUACUCUAAAGUUCCACCUGAGCCAUUUGGAUUUCUACAACUAACAUAUUUUUGAAAAUCUCUUACAACAAUUGAAAUGGAUUUCACACAAAGUUUUUUCUAUUUUUUGAGUCCAUGUCAUUUGUGAGUUGAAGAUUUUCACGAAGUCUCCUUUCAAAAAAUUAUGUUGUUGAGUGUCAUGACAGGAAAUCAACUUUUCUUUCACAUUUCUUAUUGUUAUAGAAAGAAAUGCUAUAGGAUGAAGAAAAAUUAUGCGAUUAAAAAGGAUUUGACCAUUGAAUUAAAUUGGUUUACACAUGAAUGGUUAAUACUGUAAAGUGAUUGGUAAACAUUUGUGGGACAUUGACAUGGGAGUUUUCCAAAUGAAUAGGUUAUUGUUAAGUCUUUCUAAGUUUGGACUUCCUUUGUUAUGAUAAUUUUUCCUGCAUUGAAGGUUGACAUCAUAAUAAAGGUUCAAAAUUUAAUGUGAACAAAUUGGAUUGAUUAAUAGGUUGUGUCUGUGAAAUUGAUUCCAGAUUUUUCCAAAAUGUUGUUUUGUUUCUGUUUUUAUAGAGUAUUUAUUUCUGUGUGUUUUUUUCAAAAUAUGAUUAUUUAUAGUAUAAGUUUCUCCAUUCAUAGUUGAGAUUUAAUACAGUCUACAUGAAAACGUUUUUGACCUACAAGCCCAAAAAUCAGGCUGUCAUAAAGUUUUUGUAAAUUUUUAUGGCUUGUGUGACCUCCUUUUAGGAAAAUGUUACUGCCCUGAAAACUUUUUUGGUCUGGGCCUUAGGGCUUGUUAAUGUUGUUUAACCUGAAGUCUACUAAUACCUGUAUAUAAAUUAUUUUCAAGGCAAAUCAUUGAAAUUUCAUACAUCAAUGGUUGCCACUUUUUUUCAAAUUGUUCCAUCAUUUGAAUUUUGUCAUAUUGAAUAUAGGCACAAAUACUCUAGUAAAGUGAUUUUUAAGGUAAAAAAGACAUACAUACUCAAACCAUGUUGAAUUUGAAUUAGUUUAUGUGUUUGUUUAUUAUAGCUUUAGUAAUGUAGUAUUUGUUUAAAAGUAAAGAACUAGUUUGUAUUUCUCUUGUUUUAUUUUUUAUAUAUUAAUAUGGCCUUGUCUUUUUGUCAGUAUUAGAGUAACUUUAUUUACUAUUUUACUUUUAGUUAGCAUUAAGAUAGAUACUGACUGUCUUCAUUGAAUUUGAAAGUAGAUUAUCCCUAGAAUGGAUAAUUUGAACAAGGAGAAUGAAUACAUAAGCACUGUUACACAAUUUUUCUUGUGUUGAAAUUGAUUUUUAACUUAAUGUAUGCAACUCUUUAUGGACUUGUUCAUUAGUAUAUAAAGCAUUUUUUAGCGAUGCAUUUUAUUUUUGGAUUUUUGUUUCCUAUAUUUUGUAUGUACAGUAAAAUCUGUUUUUUUCAACAAGUCUUUAAGAAGUUGAAAAUUAAAAUACCCUACCUUAGUUCAUUAUAUUUAUUUUUAUUUUUUAUUUUAGGUCAACCCUCCCAACUAAAUCAGUUUUCAUUCAUGACAAAGUUGACAUCUCAAUACAAUAUUAAUGGCAUAUGAUGUUUCCAUGUAUUUUUUAUUUGUUGUAAAUAAUUGUUUUUCAGCUUAAAUGCUUAAAAACCUCAUCUGUAAUAUUGCUUUUAAACUUUUUUAACUUCUUCAUUCUUGAUACAUAAGUUGAAUAAUUGUCUUGGAACCCCAAACUGGGUACCUGUUCAUAUUACAUGUCAUGUAAUCUGUUUCCACUUGAGUACCAGGCAAAGCCCAUUAUUAAGUAUUGGACCAACAUUGAGUGAGUUGGAUUAUUUCCACUUGGUACAAAACAGCAUUUAUAAAAUACUAUAAUUUUGAGAAUUAACUUUUUUUUCUAGUUUAUGUAGCCAUCCAUUUUAUUGAUAAAUAGUUUAGCGAACUUUGUCAUCUUUUCCUAUGUCUCUGAGUCUUUUCAGCUCAUUUCUUUUGCAGUAAAGGUUGAAAAUCCCUCAAACAUUUUUAGGUGUUGAAACUAAAAUUUGUAAGACCUAUCAAUUUUAUGAUAGAUCUUGAUAUAGAUUAUUUUAACCUUUACUGUUGUAAGAAAUUGGGUAACACAUGAACAGUUUCUGUUGUAAAAAAAGAAAAAAAAAGUGCUCUAAUGCUGGAACUCUGUAUGUUCAAUAAAAUAUUGGAUGUAUUAGUAUGUCAAUUCAUUUUUGCAUUUGACCAUGAAGAUACUCAUAUUUCUUGGAGGGAGUGAUUUUAACAGGUAGAUGUUAACAAAUGUCAUUAGGCCUUCCAAUCUCAUUUGACAUUGAACAUUUGAAAUUUUUAUGAAAGUACCUCUUAUAGGUAGGAUUGUUAUGCAUUUUCAAUACUGAUGACAUAGAGCUAAAUCAUCAAGACAAUGAUUUUUGAGAUAUGAAUGUACUUGAUUUUUCCCAUGAAAAUGUAAUUUUGUGCAGAUUUUAUACAUUAGAUAUUAUAUAAGUUUUUGUAUAUUUUGUUUUGACAGUAAACAAUCUUAACACUGCAGAACUCUGUUAUGGUUAAGUGAAUUAAUAGUUUUGUAAUUAUAUGAACAAAAACAUUGUGUAUAAGAAAUAUACUUUUAUCUUAUCAUAUUUUCUAAAUUUUAAGUUUUGUAGAUGCAGUAUUUAUUUUUUACAUUUGAAAGGUUGAAAAUUUUCCUUACCAUUAAAUUAUGUAUACUUAUAAAUUUUAAAAAAGUCUAAUAAUUUUUAUAAUUAUAGCUUUCAUCAUUACUAAUGAUGCCAUAUAUGAGUUAACAAAAUUUUCUGUUACUGGUUAAUUCUGUUUUGAAUUUCAUCAAGAAGUUGUUUAAAAAAUGUCAAACAUUUUAAACUGUGAAAACAAUAUUACUAGGAUAAAUUUAAAUUGAAACCACCUGAAGCUAGCAUUUUCAUCUGGGCAAUUUUAUUUUCGAUAAUAAACAACUGUUGAAAUAACUCUAAAUAAAAUUCAUCUGACCAGUUGCACAAAUAUUGGUUAAUAUAUUUACUUGUUUGGUUAUAAGAGUCUUAUUAUUUGAUACUAGUUUACACCAGUAAAACCAUAUAUAUUUUUAUGUGCAAUAUCCUUUGUAGGACACGAGUUACAUGUAUAUCUUUUAACAAAUCUGUAUAUAUUUUUAUUUCUUAGACCUGAUUGCCAUUAUAAGUGCCUAUAUUAUAGUGUUCUGAUGUUUGAUAAUCUUAUUAAUGAUGAACUUGGCUGCUAUUUUCAGUUUUCUUUCAAAUGAUAUUAUGGUCUUUUUAGAUUGCUGCAGGACUAAAGAGAGUUUAGAUAAAGAAGUUUUUUUUUCAGAGCAAAAUUGUUCUAGCUUGGUUAAUGUAAACAAAAAAGGGUAAAUCACUCAAGUAAAGAUUUCCAGGUGGCAUUUAAACUGUUUACCAUCAAAGUCAACCAUACAUACAUUUUUUGUUGCCACUGGUUUCAUUUUGAUCUGAAAUUAUUUUUUAUCAAAUCUAUUUUUUUUCAAGAUGCUGUGAAAAUGCUUUAAUGUUUAUUUUAUGGAUAUUUUUACUAAAAUUGACCAUGCAUUGAUAUACCUGAUACACCUUUGGAACCCUCUGCCGAAGCACUUUUCAUUUUAACAGCCUUCCUUUUUCCAAUUAAUUGCUAUUAAAUGUCAGAAAAUGAAAUAAAUUAUUGCAAAUUUUUUUUUGAUAGUAUGCAAACAAAAGGUAAAUUUUUCUCAAUUUAAACAGCCUUUAAGUUACUUGUUUACUUCAUUACAAAGUUUUGUAUAUUUUUAUCAUAGAUGUACAUAUAUCAGAAAACUUCAGGCAUGAAUCUCUUAAAGUGUGAAAAUGUCUAAACUAUGACUUUUAAAACCAAUAUGUUGACUUUACUUCACAAUUAUAGCUUUUUGUCUAAUAUUUUUUUAAAUUCCAUACAUUUUUUCAAAUUUUCACAUUGUUUACCUUACUCAAACAUUUUUACAGCAUACAUUAAUUACUCAUGUCUGGUAUUUAAAGUUGUAUUGAUAUUGAUAGUUAUGUAUUUAUGAAACUGCAUUUUACCCUGCAAAUAAAAAAAACAUACCUCAUUCUA